AUGGACUAUUCAGGAGAAGUCGGAGAAUUCGAUAUUUCAGACUACCUGCAAUCGGAUAUGCCCGUCAGACAAUUUGAUGACACUUUAGCAAAACUUGAAUGCGAUCCGUAUUCAUCGUUGAUUAGCAAUAAUUCUGCUAGCAUGGAUGAAAUCAAGCCAGUCAACGAUAAUAAGAAAGCGGCUAUCAUAAGUCAGUUAAGAGAACAGGAACAAUUGAAGCAGAAACAACUUGAACAGCAAAGGCAGCUAGACGAAUUGAGGCAACAACAGAAAUUAUUACAAGAUCAACUUCAAAAAAGUCAAACAGGUGUUGGUACCCUGCCGAGUGUUGUAACACUAAGCAUGCAAGCACCAAUACUUCCUAAUGCGACAUCCGCUUAUACACAUAGUACGCCGAUAGUGGGAACGACUCAACAACCACAGAUUGUGUUGGCUCCGCAAGUCAAGCCUGAGGUAGCUUCUACCAAGCCUUCGGCUGUCAGCGUUGCAUUCACCUCCGGUUCUGUAAGUUAUACCAAUCUUGUAAACACAAGUGGCGUACCGACAGUUAUCGGAAGAUCAAAUGGAAAUUUGGAUAGUGAAAAAGUUCCCAUCAACAGGAUUUUAAAUAGCAGUUCUACACCAGUUCAGAACGUCAGCAAAAGUGAGCGAAGAUCGGCUCACAACGCUAUUGAACGACGCUACCGUACUAGUAUCAAUGAUCGUAUCAUAGAACUGAAAGAUUUGCUUGUUGGUCCAGACACUAAGAUGAACAAGGCUGGUAUUUUACGAAAAGCUAUAGAAUACAUUCGAUAUAUACAAGACGUUAACAAAAGACUUGAAAAAGAAAAUAUAGCACUUAAAGAAGGUAAAUCAGAAUCGCUUGCAAAAUUACCUCAAAUGCAAAGUGGAAAUAGCAAUUCUUACCAACAGCCUACACCACCAAUUUCGUCUGACGAUGAAAGCAAUCUUACUCCCAGCCCUACAAGUAGCAGCGCUGAUAGCGAAGAUUUAAAGAUGAAGAUUGAUAUUCCGAGAGGAAUCCAUGACAGCACCCGAGUUGGUUUAUGUGUGUUUUUGUUUACUUUUUUAUUAUUUAACCCUUUCAAUAUGGCUUCACUUCAACAAAAUGGCACUCCGGAUGAUGCUAUGUCUCCUCGCGUUGGUGGUCGUAUCUUACAAAGUGAGGAAAGUAUCGAACCUGUUACUGAUAUGAUGAAUGCAGCUUUUGGUUGGAGUUUCCGCAUCGUCAUGGCAAUCGCAUGUAUACUCUAUAUAUUUGCUUUCGGCGAACCGGUUUCUAGACCAAAUUCUAAAUCGGCAGUGCAUUAUUCUCGUAAUUUUCAUCAAGCAGAUAUCGAUCUUAAGAAGGGAGAUUAUACAUCAGCUGUUCGUCAUCUACGUAUGAGUUUGCGAUCUUUAGGACGUUCACAACCCAUGUCAACUUUCGACUUGAUCUCAAGUUUAAUAUGGCAAAUUUUUUUUCAAGUUCUAAAUUUAUUCUGGAUUGGUCGGUGGUUGUCGCUUUUACCAGGUUUCGGUUUGAAUUUUAGGAAAGAAAGUAGGAAAAAUGACGAUGCGCGCUCUUCAGCAAAGAAUGCUGCUUUAGCUUAUCAUCGACUAAACCAACUAACACUUACCGGUCACAAUCCUGUAUCAAAUUUAUCAGCUAUCAAUUGUGCACUAACGGCAGUAAAUCUGAGUGAAUUAGCAUGUGAUAAAUUAUCCAAGGAAGACAAGGUCGACAUUUUGGUAUCAACAGCGUUUGCUUUGAAAAGACACCUAUUUAGACCGUUAGAUGUCUCUUCUCGAUUAUACCUCAGCAUUUCUCGCAAAAUAUGUCAGCUACAUCCUGAUAGAGCUUUGUCAGGCUAUCAGUGGUUGUUUGAUCCACGUGGACAUAAAUUUUUCACGUCUGGCAAUUGGUCGAGCAAAGAGGAAGACAGCAUCUGGUCACUCGUAGAAAAUAGCUAUAACCCAAACACUCACUUCAAGAGGUGUUUCAGAGAACACUUACUGCAGCAUUCGUUAGAAGCCCUUUUAGUUCCUGGCGCAAUGGAUGAUAAAGACCGCAGGGUUACAAUUGCUGAUACAAUUAAUUGCUUACGUUUACUGCGUGAGCAGGCGGAAUUAUCGGGAAAUAUUCCCGAAAAUGUUACGAUAGGUGACGCUGCAGCUAAAGCUCUUAGUAGCGAUGUAGUUGCAAAAUGGUGGUCUUCUGUUGGCUUGGUCUGGGCGCAUUGGUUGAAAGGUGAUAAUAAUUCUGCUAACAAUUACUUUAAGGAAGUGGAAGAAAUGCCUGAACUAAUGAAGCAGCUAAAGGAUCCUUUGUAUGCUACUAUUACCAUAGCCUAUCGUGCACGUCAAAUGGUAAAUUCUCCGGAAAAUGUACCAGCAGAUUGUUUUAAUUUAUGCAAUGACGCUGGGCAACUAAUACAAGAGAGUAUAACAUCAACUAGUCAUCAUUCGAACAAUAAGCUACUUAGAUACGCCCAACUUCUGUGUGUCGAAUGUUUGGCAACUACACGUGUUGCAUUGUGGGAAAGUGAUUGCAGUAAGCCGAAGCAGUCUUUAUCUUGUAGUGAACAUCUCAAAGGAUUUCGCCAAGAUAUUCACACGUUGCAAUCCUUUGCUCAGCAAUUUACACUUGCUCAACCUCGCUUAUUCUUGUAUAAGGCCGUCGUAAGAAUUAUGGCCCGCGCCAAUCCUGCUAUAACACAACAGUUGAUUGACCGUUGUAUGCAUUCAAACUUACGCUACCGUGGAUCUGGCUUAACUAGUGAACAAGUUGUAAGGGUAAAUGACAGAAAUUCUGCUGACGCGCUCAUUUUGGCACAUCGAUAUUUACCGAAAGCGAUGUUAUCGACACCUGCUAUGAACGCUGAUGCUAUCGGCAAUGUAGCUAGAGCAUUAGAAAGUAUUGGAGAUAUUAGCAAGUUAAAGGAAUGUCAACGUUUACUGAUGAGUCUAGGCCCUGGAAAGAUACAAACUACAUUGUAG